GCAUCCAUUCCAAAACAUUGCACAAUUUUAUUGUUUGUUUGUGUGUGUGUGUUUAGGUAUCCCGAACUAAAACAAAAAAAAACAACCUGACUUUUCCUUGAUUUUAAAUGGAUCCCUAAUCUUUAGACAGAAAAACUCUGAAAAAUUCAUCAUGAAUGAAGUGGUAGAUGUUGUUGGAACAAAUCAUUAUGUAAAUCAUGAUGAUAAUUACCAUAAUCAUCAUCACCAUCAUCCACAACAGCCAGAUAUUUCAUCGAAUAGUUUACACUCAACAAUGUCAAAUCAGAAUUCAUCAAUAGUUACUACAGCUUCAAUUUCUAGCAAUGGUAAUAGUAAUAGAAAUAAUACAAAUAUUCAAAUGCCUGAAAAUUGUUAUGUUGGAGCUCGAGUAAUGAGAAAUUCCAGUGAUUGGAAAUGGGCAAAACAGGAUGGUGGUGAAGGUCAUCUUGGUACUGUUCGUAAUUUUGAAUCACCCGAAGAAGUGGUUGUUGUUUGGGAUAAUGGAACGGCUGCUAAUUAUCGUUGUAUGGGUGCUUAUGAUCUUCGAAUUGUUGACAGUGCUUCAACUGGAGUUAAACAUGAAGGAGCUAUGUGUGAUUUUUGUCGACAAUCUCCAAUUUUCGGUAUCCGAUGGAAAUGUGGUGAUUGUAACAAUUAUGAUCUCUGUUCCAUUUGUUAUCAUGGUGAUAAACAUAAUUUGAAGCAUCGUUUCUUUCGAAUCUUAUGUCCAGGUUCUAAUCGUUUUGCAGUCGAACCUAGACGAAAAGCAAAAAAGAUAACAGUGAGAGGAAUCUUUUCGAAUGCUCGUGUAAUACGUGGUGUUGAUUGGCAAUGGGAAGAACAAGAUGGUGGAAAUGGAAAACGAGGAAAAGUAACGGAAAUUCAAGAUUGGAGUGCUGCUAGUCCACGAAGUGCUGCAUACGUAAUCUGGGAUAAUGGAUCGAAAAAUCUUUAUCGUGUAGGAUUCGAAGGAAUGGCCGAUUUGAAAGUGAUUAAUGAUGCAAAAGGUUAUACUGUUUAUCGUGAUCAUCUACCAUUAUUGGGUGAACAAAGUGCUAAUAGAUCUGGCUGUCAUGAUUUUCAAGUUGGUAACCAAGUGAACAUUGAUCUUGAUCUAGAAGUUGUUAAAUAUUUACAACAUGGUCAUGGUGGUUGGACUGAUGGAAUGUUUGAAUGUUUAGGCACAACCGGUACUGUUAUAGAAAUUGAUGAAGAUUUUGAUAUUGUUGUUCGUUAUCCCAGCAACAAUAAAUGGACUUUUAAUCCUGGUUGUUUAACUAAAGUGGGAAACACUUCAAACAACGAUAAUAAUGAUUCGAAUAGUACAAACAAUGAUACGAAUAAUAUCAAUUUGAAUUUAUCACCAACUACCAAUUAUGCAACAAGUAGUUUUGCUGCUAAUGCAAUGAAUAUGAAAAAUCCUUCACAUCAAUUUCGUGUUGGUGAUUUGGUCAAAAUAUGCAAUGAUAUUGAAAAGGUAAAACUUUUACAACGUGGACAUGGUGAAUUUACACCAUUGAUGAUUCCAACACUUGGAACUAUUGGUCGUGUUGUUCAAGUUUAUUCGGACAAUGAUCUAAAAAUUGAAGUUGAUGGUUUUUCUUGGACUUAUAAUCCGGCUGUUGUUUCGAAAGUUUCUUAUGAUACAACUGCUAUAGAAGAUAUGGAUAGUUUAAUAAAAAGAUUAUUCGAAACAACACAAAUAUCUACAGAUCCUAAUCAAGAAUUAGUAAAAUUAGCUGCCAAUGGUGAAUCGAUAAAAUGUGACGAAUUACUUAAAAGAGGUGAUGUCGAUGUAAAUGGUGUAUUCUCAUCUCAUACAGCAUUACAAGCGGCCAGUCAAAAUGGUCAUGUUGAAAUAAUCAAAGUUUUAUUAAAACAUAAUGCAAAUGUUGAAAUUGAAGAUAAAGAUGGUGAUCGUGCUGUUCAUCAUGCUGCGUUUGGUGAUGAACCAAUGGUCAUUAGUGUAUUGGCACAAGCAAAUGCCGAUAUGAAUGCCCGAAAUAAACGUCGACAAACUCCAUUACAUAUUGCUGUUAAUAAAGGUCAUAUUCAGGUUGUUCGUAAACUUUUAGAUCUCGGAUGUCAUUCCAGUCUUCAGGAUUGUGAAGGCGAUACUCCAAUGCAUGAUGCUAUAAGUAAAAAACGUGAUGAUAUACUCAAAUUAUUAUUGGAAUUUAAUGCCGAUAUAACAUUAACAAAUAAUAAUGGUUUUAAUGCAUUACAUCAUGCUGCAUUAAGAGGCAAUGCAAGCGCAACUCGAAUUCUAUUGGAAAAAUUAGUACGCAAAUGGAUAAUUGAUGAGAAAAAAGAUGAUGGUUAUACUGCAUUACAUUUAGCUGCAUUAAAUAAUCAUACACAAGUGGCCGAAUUAUUGAUUAAAUUAGGAAAAGCUAAUAUGGAUUUACAGAAUAUUAAUCUUCAAACACCAUUACAUUUGGCCGUUGAAAGACAACAUACUGAUAUUGUUAAGUUGUUGGUAAAUAGUGGCUGUAAUUUAAAUAUACCGGAUAAAGAUGGUGAUACACCUUUACAUGAAGCAUUAAGACAUCAUACACUUUCACAAUUACGACAAUUACAAGAUGUACAGGAUGUUGGAAAACUUUUGAUAGGCUUAGGAACAUCGGGAACUGAAAAGAAAAACAGUUCGACUAUUGCUUCAAUAUUAGUAUCUAAUGGUGGAGAUCUUUAUGCUAAAAAUAAAAAAGAUCAAACACCAUUAGAUCUUUGUCCAGAUCCUCAUCUGAAUGAAGCAUUGAAAAAAUGUCGAAAAGAAUUAAGCCAAGAUCAGCAUAAUGAACAAGUUACAGAUCCUGUUAUAUUGAACAAUUCAAUUUCACCAGAUUCAGAAUCAUUGAUCGAAUGUACAGUAUGUUCGGAUAACAAACGUGAUACACUUUUUGGACCUUGCGGCCACAUAAUUGCCUGCUCAAUUUGUGCAACAAGAAUGAAAAAAUGUUUGAUUUGUAAAGAAAUGAUACAAACUCGAACAAAGAUUGAAGAAUGUUUGGUUUGUUCAGAACAAAAAGCUUCCAUUUUGUUCAAACCAUGUGGUCAUAUGUGUGCCUGUGAUAAUUGUGCAUCAAUCAUGAAAAAAUGUAUUCAAUGUCGACAAACAAUAGAAGAAACUGAAACAUUCAUUUCUUGCUGUAAUAUUACUCCAACAGCAACAGAAAACAAUCGAAGUAAUAUUUUAUCGAUACCUGGAAACAAAAUCAAAAAUAAUACGAAUAUUUUGUCUUCAACAUCUUCGACUACUAAAAAUAAUAAUAACAACAAUAGUAAUAAUAAUAAUAACAAUAAUAAUAAUAAUAAAAGUUUGGAUGUACAAAAACUUCAAGAACAAUUACAAGAUAUUAAAGAACAGACUGCAUGUCCAGUAUGUUUAGAUCGUUUCAAAAAUAUGGUUUUCUUAUGCGGUCAUGGUGCUUGUCAAAUGUGUGGUGAUCGUAUGACAUUUUGUCCAAUUUGUCGACAUACAAUUGAAAAUAGAAUAUUACUUUACUAAAAUUAGAUUUCAAUUUUUUAAAAAUAUAUUAUUAUAUAAAUCAAUAAAAUUCAAAUGCAUACCUAUUUA